AUGUCUGCGACCACUUGGGCUGUCGCUGUCCCAGACAAAGAACGGCUCAUUAAGGCAGCUUUUGAAGCGAAAGAGAACGCGUACUGCAGAUAUUCCAACUUUCGUGUUGGCGCAGCUCUUCUCUCCGCGAACGGAGAAGUCAUCAAGGGUGCAAACAUCGAAAAUGCUUCAUACGGUGGCACAAUAUGUGCGGAGCGGACCGCUAUAGUCAAAGCAGUGAGCGAAGGGACGCGGUCGUUCACCGCACUCGCCGUAGUGACCGACGUUGAGUCAGCCCUCUCGCCGUGCGGAAUGUGCCGCCAAGUGCUCCGAGAGUUUUGUUCGUUGAAUAUGCCUAUCUUCCUUGUGCCCGCCAACUACGACGAACUUCGAGCCAGUGGAGACCAGAAUGGCGGUAUACAGGAAACGAGUAUUGGCGAACUCUUGCCAUACAGUUUCGGCCCUGAAGAGUUGGAAUUGCCUCGGAGAUCAUGA